AUGGCUCGCAACGACGCUCCAGGCAUGUUUAUGAGCCUCCCACUCGAGAUAAGACACUCCAUCUUUGACUAUCUAUCGAGCCGUGCAACAUCACUCGGCAAGAAUAACCCCAAGCGGCUUCUACUUCACUGGUUUGAGAAGGAGGAUUCCGACAAUGUCAUUGCUGAGUACAUGCGCCAUCACCCAAACGGACCUGAGCCGAUUAUCAAUUACAGCUGGAACGACGUCAUCAGUGCAAGCGAGGAUGAUGGCGGCAGCGAUAGCGACACCACUCGGGAAGACGAGACGGACACAGAAGACGAAGAAGAUGAAGAAGAAGACGACGAAGAAGACGACGAAGAAGACGACGAAGACGAAGACGAAGAUGAUGAAGACGACCGAGACGACGGAGAUGGCGGACGUGAGGAAGAAGUCAACUAUCCGAACGCGACUGAAACUGUUGGACACGGUACUUACACCAGUCCGUAUCGGCCUAUGACAUAUCCCAAUGCCAAGUGGCGUCAUGUUGUAAACUUCAUAUCCUUGACCCAUUUUCCGCCACCUGUCGAGCUACUCUUGACGUCCAGACAACUGAACCUCGAGGCCAAGAACUGGUUCUAUAAUGUCGCCAUCUUGCGCAUCAAUGCAACCCGCAACAUUGCUCAUACAUCCUUCUUCGAGGAAGCUUUGAGGCAGAUUGCCAAUGCCGCUUUCUCGCCUAUGCGGAACAUUCGAAAGGCCGAAGUGAAGUUUGUUUGGGACUCUGCCUGGAUUCGUACCGAUACGACUGGUCUUGCGGAGGCCGUCUUCCCUGCUCUUCUCCAACAGCGAGCUAGCUUCGUCUACAAGAUACUGUUGAGAGCCCCUGAUUUACAAAAGGUUGACAUUGAGUGGUAUGACUCUGUCCAAGAUAACGAGAGCGCCAAUCUGAAAAUGGAAGUCCUCAAAAACUUCGAGACGCUGUCCGCUACGGUCAAUGUUGAGGAGCACUACCUCGCGGCCGAUGCUCAACCCAAAAAGCAUAGCAUCGCUGGCAAGCGUCGCCUUGAGUUCGAGAGCUUCUUGAGUGAUCUGAUGCUAGGCCACCCUUCUUAG